GCAGCAGCAGGCAUACUGUGCUAUGUGGGAGCCUACGUGUUCAUCACAUAUGAUGACUACGAUCACUUCUUUGAAGAUGUCUACACACUAAUUCCAGCAGUUAUCAUCAUAGCUGUGGGAACACUUCUUUUUAUCAUUGGACUUAUUGGGUGCUGUGCCACAAUUCGAGAAAGUCGCUGUGGGCUUGCUACGUUUGUGAUCAUCCUGCUCUUGGUUUUUAUCACUGAAGUGGUGGUGGUGGUUCUUGGAUACAUCUACAGAGCCAAGGUGGAGGAUGAAGUUGAUCACAGCAUUCGAAAAGUAUACAAUGGAUACAACGGGACAAAUCCUGAUGCAGCCAGUCGUGCUAUUGACUAUGUACAGAGGCAGCUGCGUUGCUGUGGGAUCCAUAACUAUUCAGACUGGGAGAAUACUGUCUGGUUCAAACAAACCAAAAAUAACAGCGUGCCACUUAGCUGUUGCAAAGCAGCCCUCAGCAACUGUACUGGCAGUUUGACCCACCCAAUGGACCUUUAUUCUGAGGGGUGUGAGGCUCUGGUUGUAAAGAAGCUUCAAGAGAUCAUGAUGUAUGUCAUCUGGGCAGCACUAGCAUUUGCUGCUAUUCAGCUUCUGGGCAUGUUGUGUGCCUGUAUAGUACUAUGUAGGAGGAGUCGGGAUCCUGCCUACGAACUUCUCAUCACUGGCGGAACAUAUGCCUAGAAGAGAACGUGAACACGCAGUUCAAUUCAAUCUUAUCUCUUAGGUGGAAGGUGAAUGGGCCAGGUCUCCUGCAAUAGCUUUCUCGCCCUGAGCUUAGUCAAAGCACACCUUUCACAGAUGAGGACAGCCGUACUGUACACUGGUGAUGGGCAAAACAACUCAGCUUUACACACACCCAUAUAAUUCCUGUGACUUUCACUGUCUUAGCCAGCUAUUCAUGUAUCUAAAUGUUUUAGUAUACUAGUAAACUUUCUAAUUUCAGAACCAUUUGCAAGUAAAGUGUUAUUUGGUUGAUAUGAAAGUCAAAGGAUGUGUGCAUACUUUGGUAGAUUACCUCUAAGCAUUAACUGGCUGAUUCUUGCAUAUGUAGAGAGGAUCUUAAACCUUCACUACACAGAACUCUUUUGGCCAAAGCUGUACAAAGGAAGCCAGCUGUAUCUAAUUUGUGAAAAAUAUUUUAUUCUUGCCCCUCACCAGUGUCGCUUUUUAAAAACACUUGAGUGAAGUCCAGUACUCUUUAUAUAUAAAAAUUGUAAAAUGAAAAAAAAAUAAACAAAAUUUUAGGGUUACAUGACUGCAGUUUUGACCUUCAGAGAUGAAGUCUUGCAAGCAUUAAUGGUUUAAAAUACAAGCUGGCUUUUCAGGAGUAUAAUGUAUGCACUACUGUUCUAUAAUGAAAUAUUUCAUUUUUC